UAGAGUACAAAAAUUGUCACAGUUCCAAUCCUACCCUAAUUCGGUUUCCAAUUCCAAGAUCCCCAAAUUUCCACUCGAUAAGGAAAAUUCAAAGAAGGAAAACUUAUAAAAAUAUGAACCUCGUACCUUGUCUUCACGGAAUGGAAUGCAAUAUAUAAAGAUCGCUUGUGCGAGCCUAUUUAUUCUACGAUAACAAGUAUUUCGUCUUCAUAGUAAACAUGGCGUCUGAAUCUUUUGAUUCUCUUGCUGCUUUAAUGGCAGAUUUGGGUUUAGAUUCAAACCCGACUGCUGGUGAAAUUAGGGUAGAAGAAGACUUGAAUUUAACAAUUGGGUAUAGAUUUUCACCUUAUGAUUAUGAGUUGAUUCUUUAUUAUCUCCUAAAGAAGAUCUUGGACUUGCCUCUUCCUUUGAAUAUUAUCACAGAGAUUGAUCUUCACCAGUAUGAUCCUGACCAGCUUCCAAUUAGUGAAUUUAGUUAUGGCAAGCCAGGAGAGGCAUAUUUUUUUACACAGAGAGAAAGAAAAUAUUCAUGCAAUUCACUGUCAAAAAGGACCACUACAACUGGUUACUGGAAAGCUACAGGUCUUGAUGUUAAGGUAUUUCACAAGAAACUACAUAUACAUAUUGGAUUCAAGAAAACUAUGGUUUUCUACUGGGGAAAGGCACCAGAAGGAAUCAGAAGCCCAUGGAUCAUGCAUGAAUAUAGACUCAAUCCUUUUUUGUUUCCUGAAGCUCAGCAGGAUGAUACCCUUAAGAGCAAGAUUGAGAGCUAUGUGGUAUGCAGAAUUCGAGACAAAAGUGAUAGUUUAGAUGGAAUAGAAAGACCUGGACAAGGGUUGGACGAAAAAAAUAAAGAUUAGACGGAAAAAUUUCCAAGAACGGCAAUGUUUGAACAUCAGUUCUUGUUCUUAUUUUAAUUUAUAAGAGUGAAUUUAGUUUUUUUCCUAUAUAUAAAAAUUAAUAUCUUACUAGUUUUUUUU